AUGAUCGAACGAAAUCUAGCGUGGAGGUUAAGAUUUAAUGAUGAUAUCAUGGAUUUUCUAAGCUGGAGGAGACGUGGCGUUUUAAAUCUCAGGAGCUACCUAGCGUGGAGAGAAACUCAAAUUUACAAGCAUAUGGAUGAGAGGAAGAUUUUAAAUUACUCUCAACUUUUUUCAGAUUUCGAUAAUAUUAAAAUCAAACAUCCGAUUUUAUUUGAAAUGGCCUUUCAUUAUGUGAAAAAAAAUCUUCCUAGGGUAUAUUCCAAAUUUCAUGCUGAUGAUGAAUGUUUGAUCAAUUAUUUUGGUUCCAGAUUGCUAGAUUUUUUGAAGGAAUUAUUAACGUAUCUUAAAAAUUGUUACAACCCUUGUUGUUUGAAACCGGAUAUCAAUUGGAUGUAUGAAAAAGUGAAUAAUGCAAUGCCCAAACAACAACGAUGCGAAUUUCAGAGUUCAGUUAAGAAGAAGGAUAUUAUGGUGAAUACCAAGAGCAUCUACAAAAGAUGGCAUGAAAGCUCGCGCUUCAUAACUGCGAUUAAGAAUUGUGCAACUGAAUGCACCAUUCCGCCAGAUCGAAUGAAAGAAGCCAGAGAUAUAAUUCACCACAUUAUAGGAGACAUUGUUGAAGAACUAAAAGCAGAUUCCAUUUUUGUUACUCCGGAAUUCGUCGGAAGUACUUCCGAAGGUUUAAAUGUGAAUGUACGUCCAUUCGAACAGCAUCCCAUAGAAUUGGAUGUCAUGCUUGUCUGGGACGUGGGAGAAAUCAUUGAGAAAGUACCAUCUCCUAUUGCCAACCGCUGUUUCAUGAUGGUAAAACCUGGAACAAACAUGCCGAUGCAAUCAAUUGCUGACAAGGAUGAUCAUAAUAAUCGUUACCUAGCUCCAUCCUCUCUGCUGGAGUUCUUUAGAGGAAAGAUUGAAAUGUGCUGCAGAAAAUAUGGACGAAAGCAUUGGAACGCAACUACAGAGCUUAUAGAUCAUGAUCCAGGAAUUCAAAUGGAUGGCACAAUACCGAAAAAAAAGAAGGAGGAUGCUGCUUUGAAAUUCUCGAUAGAUAUCGUUCCUACAUUGAAAAUGAACAAUGAGGAAUACUACGUUCCGAAAUGCUCUGAUAAAUUUGACCACAUUUUUUUUCAACGUGGCUAUUCCUGGAGAAGAUCUUUCAGCAUUUUAGAAAAGAACAAAAUAUUACAGAUCAUUCCUGAGAAAAAAAAUCUCAUGAGAGUUUUCAAAUAUAUUACGGCUAUAAUUGAUCACUACUUACAUUUCUACCUAUUUUCAUCUUAUCAAAUGAAAAAUGUUUUUUUGAAAGUAUGCCAUAAAUUUUCAAACGAUGAACUUUGGUCAGAGAAAUAUUUAGGUUUGAGGUUGAUAGAUUUGUUGCAGGAAUUAUUGACAUGUUUGAAGAAUCGCAAUCUGCCUUGCUUCUUCCAACCGAAUGUUGAUAUACUGGUCGGAAUAAAUGAAAUAUUUAUCUUAGAAAAUCGACGCGUGUGUCAGAAGUUGAUUGAUGAUGAGGAAUUCAUGUUGGAGACGUUGAACAAACGUCUAGAAUGA